AUGUCCGCUGCUAAGACUAAGGCUCAGAGCCUGAUUAAUGAGAACGCUGUUGUGGUCUUCUCGAAAUCCUACUGCCCCUACUGCAACGCCACUAAGAGCCUCCUCAGCGACCUCGGUGCUAAGUACGAGGCUGUUGAGUUGGAUCUGAUCGAGGGCGGAAGCGACAUCCAGACCGCUCUGCAGGAUAUCUCGAACCAGAGGACCGUGCCCAACGUGUUCAUUCAGCAGAAGCACAUUGGUGGUAACUCGGACCUGCAGGGUAAGAAGGGUGAACUGCCGGGUUUGUUGAAGGCUGCCGGUGCUCUUUAA